AUGGUCGUCAUGGACACGUAUCGGAAUGUGGUGGUGAUGCCCGUGGUCAUCGGGGCCGAUGUUUUCGACCGGCUGCCAAGACACUCACAGGCCAUUCAUUAUUGUUAUUAUUAUUGUGGAUCGAUAAUACGGUCGACGAUACGAGGCCGGUGGCAGCGGACAACCACAACCACUGACAGAACGGAGCAGGACCAAAACCGCGACCACCGUGAACAGCGAACACACGGGCAAAUGUUUCUGGUGGCCACCGUCGGCUCCCUCCUGGCGAUGGUGUCGCGGUUCAUCCCACUGCUGCUGUUAUUGGUUGCAUAUGGUCACUGCAGAGUUACCACCACUAUUCGCUUUGGCCGUGAACGAGACAGGUUGUCGAAGCCUGCCGUAAUUCCACUGAAAGACGAGACGUUCUCUUCGGCCGCGUCUGUCACUCGGACAUUAGACGUAGUGGUUUUUCUGCGGGCACCAGGGAGCGGUUCAAGGCACAUGUCGGUGCUUUGUUACUCGGGGCUGGUCGAUGACGGCGGCGGCGCGGACACCGGAAAAGGCCACAACGACAGUACGGAAGGAAAUGAACCGUGGGCCAUCGAGGCGACGGCGACGGCGACCAACGAACAGGGAAAGGCGGCGCCACCGUCACUGCGACCGCAACCGCAACCGCCACUAGCCUCUUUCGUUGGCGUUUCGUGUGUGCAAGCAAGGACGACGAAACAGAGGAGAAGAAAACAGCCGUUCGAGCGACGAAAUAAACUACUGACGCGUUGGCAGGGCCAAAUGGCGAUCAUCGUCGGCUCAAGUUUGACAGAAAACACUUCAGUUCACCAUGCAGCGAGUGCAUCGCUGGCGAUGACCAGCGCCUUGGUCGCACUGAUGCUGACCGUCGGCUCAGUGGUGGCCGCUACGGUCGCCUUGCUGCCGCCGCCUCUGCGGGAAGUGCCGCCGUCCUCCGCCGCCUCCGCCGCCGCCGCCGCCGCCGAACUCGACCACAACCCGAAGACCCAGCUCGACUUGGGUUAA